UUAAACAUGAAUUCCUAAAGGAAAUUCUUAUAAUAAUGCGAAAAUGUUUAUUUAUGAUGGCUUUGCCAAAUUCAACGACAUACUCAAAGAGUUCUCCAACCAUCACCUGAGUUUUUGUAGCUGUCAACGUCAACAAAUCUCUGCUUACCUCCUGUGUUUAAGAGAGAUAUUUCUAGAAUAAAUAAAAACUCUCAGGUAGCUUGGAAGUGCAAUCGUAGCUGUUUGGUAUGGAAUAAAUCAAGCUGUUUUGUGAAUGUUGUGAAGAAAGUAAACGUGAAGAGAUUAAUUAUCACAAAUUCAAAAAGAAUAUUUUAAAUGAAAGAGCUUUUUUAAAUCCUUUGUGGCUUCCAUUAAAAAUAAAAUUUAUGUAUGGAAAUUCUCAACCUAGAUUGAAGUACAAACAAAAAUUGAAAUGAAAAUAUUUCAAUAAAAGCAAGUCUAA